GUUUUUAAGCUUUAAUCUAAAUGGCCCUGGAAAUUUAAGUCAUUUAGGUUGUACAAAAUUUGUUGUUACCAUAUCGAGUUAAUGGGACCAAAAAGCCGCAAGGGCAAGAAAAAAGAGAGAAGUCGCAAAAAUGGCCAUCUUCCGAAGAACGCAAAAUCGAAACAUUACAAGAAGUACCACAAGAAGUACCACAAGAAGUACCACGCCCGUCCAUCGAAGAUUUUCCACGACAACUGCUGCAUGUACAAGGUUCGUCAGCGACCCUUGCGAUUGAACCAGGUCGAUUUUGGCACCCAGUGCUCCACUCGCACGAUAGCCUUUUCCGACUCUGUGCCACUCCUGCAACACCCUAUCCGGAGUAGGGUGGUCCAUCUGCCGGAAACCGUGGUCAUGCAUAUGCGGAAUAUUGAGGAAGCCCAUCGAGUGGCGGGAAGCUUCAGAAACACCCUUAUUCGAGCCCUUGUCCCAGUUCCGGAUAUCGAAGAAGGGGACAGUAUGCACCAAGUGGAUCUGAGACCACGACAUGUCGAGCGAAGGGACCGAAAAAGGCCGUCUUGUAGCGAAAUGGACUUGGAGAACUUCUUUCAGAGAGGAUAGAAAAUUGAAUGUCCCAGGAUAAAAUACAAUUCCAAUAAAUAUAUCAGUUUUUUCGUUAGACUUAUUUGCAAAAUUGUCAAAAAAAAAAAAAUUAGUAAGUUAACAAACACAAAGAUAUUCAGUUGGAAAGAAUAAUAUUCCUUCGACAUUAUACAAGUAAAAUAGA